AUGACGCAUGGAAAAGUUGAAGAACUGAAUAGGGAGGACGUGAAGAGGUUGGCGCAGAUAUUAUACCUCGAUAUCAACAAUUCCCAGGAGCGAGAGGCUGCCACGAGAUUAGUCGCCGAGCUGCCUUCAUAUCUUCGCCGGUCACGGAUUCUCUCAUUGGUGGUGGAUAAGCUAAGUCUCCUACGAGAGCCUUCGAGCUCCGCAUGUUUCACACAUAAGCCGCUUAACAGGGAAAUCAUCCAUGCGGUCUGCGGGUUCAUACAGGCUGAGGUAGGGGAGGGCCUUAACGGGCUGGUGUCAAGGCAAACGAAACUGUCGAUAGAGCAGAGACGCAUGGUACAUAACCUCCGUACGGUAAACGGGCUGUGGAUGACGAGAACGGCAGUGGAGAGGAAAUACCUCAUCAGACCGUCGUUUACCUGGUAUUAUCAGAGCGACGGGUGCGAGGCAUGCAUGAUAAGCCGUUUUGCGAGAGACCGAGCAGCAAUAACAGACAUGCGAACACUCCUGCUGAGCCGAAUAGGGAGACGGAGAGGUAGAAGCCUACCACCGCUUGUGCGGUGGAUAGAAGAAUUGAUGAGCUGUCAUGGACCGUCUAGUCUGGAGAUGUUUGUAUUCAGCGGCGAAGAUGCGUUGGAACUGAAGGCUUUGAGAAAGGAUAUCAAGGCGACGCCGUUUCAAGGGUAUAGCCAGGCCACAGACCAUGGAGGACUGCGGAGGGCAGGGAGCAAUGUUACCCAUCGCACAAGCAGAUGGGUAUCAGUGAACAUGCGCCAGGCUGCCAGACGACCGCGAUCAUUGGCAACGAUUCGGCGUCCUGAUAGUAAGUUUCAGGCAUCAAACGCUGAGGAUGAUGCUGGGAAUGAGAUUAUUGAUUAUUAUCUGAGCCGUAUUCGACCUGAUAAUAACCCAGAUGGUGUCGUAGAAAGACCGCCCAGCCUAGAGCCGGAGAUAGAACCAAAGCUGGAGCCGGAGCCGGAGCCAGAGCUGGGGAGAAGGGCAAGGGGGAAAACGGCCAGUCUCCGACGCGACAACUCACUGGAGCAUGAUAGACGGUGGCGAGAAUACCGAUCUGCCUAUUCAGGCUAUCCCUCCGUUGAGGAUCCGUAA